AUGGCUAAACAUUUGGGCAAGCUUUUGGUGAAAAAAGUGGCGAAUGUUGGGCCCAAAGUACCUGCUCGGACUAGGUUUGCUCCCUCGCCUACGGGGUUUCUCCAUCUGGGGUCUAUGAGGACGGCAAUUUACAACUAUUUGCUUGCGCGGUCGACGGGCGGCCAGUUUCUGCUUAGACUUGAAGACACAGACCAAAGAAGGCUAGUCAAAGGGGCCGAGGAUAAUAUUUAUCGGUCACUGGAAUGGGCAGGGAUCGAAUGGGACGAGGGGCCCUUGGUCGGUGGACCGUAUGGCCCGUAUCGUCAAUCAGAUCGGGCAGAGAUCUACAAGCAGUAUACUGCCCGGUUGCUCGAAUCUCGGCAAGCAUACCGAUGCUUUUGCUCAAAGGAACGAUUGAAUGAUCUGGCAGAGUCGGCACGGCAUAUGUACCCCCCAUCAACUGCUUCUUACGACCGGAAGUGCUCCCACAUUUCUAAAGAGGAGAGCGAUGAUCGAGCAGCUCGUGGAGAACCGUUUAUUGUGAGAUUCAAGAGUCCAGAAACUUUCGAACCAUUUGUGGAUUUACUGCACGGCGAGCUAACCAUCAACCCACAGAUUAACCAGGAGAACAUCCGGUACGACGACUUCACUUUGGUAAAAAGUGACGGGCUGCCCACUUAUCAUAUGGCCAACGUUGUUGAUGAUCAUCAGAUGAAGAUAUCGCAUGUUAUACGAGGUGAAGAAUGGCUCCCUUCCACCCCCAAACAUAUUGCAUUGUACAAAGCGCUGGGCUGGAACGAGCCCAGUUUCGUACACAUUCCAUUGCUCACAAGCUCUGGAGGCAAAAAGUUGAGUAAACGUCGAUCCGACCAGGGUAUUCUAGACUUUGCGACCGAAGUAUUGCCGGAGGCGUUUCUUAAUUUUGUUGCCCUGCUGGGCUGGUCACCAAUGCGCAAGAACAUCGGCAACAAAGUGUCUGAAGUCAUGACCAGAGAUCAAAUCAUCAAGCAGUUCUCCCUGGACCAUCUAACUAAAGGCAAUGUGCAAGUUGAUAUGAGCAAGCUUCACUAUUUUGACCAGGUCCAUUUCAAGGAGCAGCUCAAACUUCCCGCGAAGCGAGAGCAGCUUGUCCAAGGCUGUUGCAACGCCAUGAAAAAAGCCGAGUUCGACGUGUCUCAAGAAGAAACUGCAAGGAUGCUGGAUGUCCUAAGUAAACACGUUGUUGGCUUCCAAGACUUUGUUGACAAAGUAACAGUGUUACUUAGCGAACCAGCCCGGGACAGCAAACCCACUGUGCUCGAUAUCGAAAUAAUAAAGGCGGCGAUCGAGAAGCUUCAGCUCAGCUCUGCUCCAAUGGUGGACGCCAGCGAAGCUAAAGAGGUUCUGGCUCUGCCAUUUGAGAAAAAGCACAUUUUCCAAAGUCUUCGUUUAGGACUGCUCGGAUCAGUUGCCGGUAGCUCAAUUGCCGAGGCUCUACAAAUUCUACCCCGCAACACUUCGAUUAAACGUUUGGAAACCGCUAUAUGUACAUAA